CUGGGAUCUGGGAUAGUAGUGUUUUAUGAAUAAAACAUCUUGUCUUAAAGGUCAAUAUUACAUUCUGGUUUGAGUAUAACUCAGAAUAUAAUAAGGUCUAUAAUGUAAUUUAUAAUGUUUAACUUAUAAGUGAAACAGAGGUACAUCCAUUUGUACUGUGAAGUACAAACUGCGAAGGAUAUGAAAAUUCAUUGAACGCAACAUUUGGUUUGUUGCGCACUGCAUUAUGGGGCAUGACGUUUUGCUUUACACUUUAACUACAGGAGAGCCCAGCAAAGAACGACAUUUCCCACGUUGCAUCUGUUGCUACCGAGGAACUACACGCCCCCUUGACUGAUAACACACAUGAUAGCACGUAGGCACAACUUCUGAUAAUGUUUAAGUAACUAACUACUCAAUAACUACCAACAGCCUUAGAGCGGUUGUUUUUCCUACAAAUGGCUACCAUUGUCUUCUGCUCUGUCAACAAAACGGCUCGGACCACCGCAAGACGAUGUUUGAGUUCAUAUUCAAAAGGGCUUGCUAGUUCAGGAGAGUCGCCGUUGUCCUGCACUCACAGCCCGCUUACGACGCUCCUUCCGAGUACAAGAUGGUUUUCCAGGGGCUCCAGCGUACGGUUCAUGUCCCAUGGGACUGCAAGCAGGGCCGGGGCCGGGAGAACCAGGAGGGGAGCCCUGCUCAGUGGAGCCGCAGCCGUCACAGCAGCUGCGGCAGUAGCGGGGUUUUUAGCCAACGCUAACCACUUCCAGCGGGCUGAAAUGGCAACGAAAGUAUCCCCAAUUUCUGAGGAGAAGGAACCCGAGGGGGAGAUCUUGGAGAGGUGCAGGGGGUUCAUGUCUCCUCCGGUGACCGACAUCGGUGAGCUGCAGGAGAGGGAAGGGGAAAUGAGGACCAGGAUGGAGAUGUUGAUCAUGCAGACGCAGGCCGACUUCUGCAAAGCCCUGGAGGUGGUGGACGGUGGGACGUUCAAGGUGGACCGGUGGCAGAGGAAUGAAGGUGGUGGAGGAAUCAGCUGUGUGAUGCAGGAUGGAAAGUUGUUUGAGAAGGCGGGGGUCAAUGUGUCCGUGGUGUUUGGAUACCUUACUGAAGAGGCUGCCAAGCAGAUGAGGAGCAGAGGGAAAGUGCUCAAAGGGAAAGAUGGUAAGCUGCCCUUUUGUGCCAUGGGUGUGAGCUCUGUUAUUCACCCCAAGAACCCCCACAUCCCCACUGUGCACUUCAACUACAGAUACUUUGAGAUCGAGGAGGAAGAUGGCUCUAAGCAGUGGUGGUUUGGUGGAGGCACAGACUUGACUCCAGUUUAUAUUAAUAAAGAUGAUGCUUUUCACUUCCACAACACCCUGAAGGAGGCCUGUGACAAACACCACUCUCAGUACUACCCUGACUUUAAGAAAUGGUGUGACAGAUACUUCUACAUCCAACACAGAGGAGAGACUCGAGGUAUUGGAGGAAUCUUCUUUGAUGAUCUGGACUCCCCGAGUCAGGAGGAGGCAUUCAGCUUCGUGAAGAGCUGUGCUCGCACCGUGGUGCCCUGCUACCUGCCCAUCGUGCACAAACACCUCAACGACUCCUUCACUGAGGAAGAGAAGGACUGGCAGCAGGUACGACGAGGAAGAUAUGUGGAGUUUAACCUGGUGUACGACAGAGGAGUGAAGUUCGGCCUGGCUACGCCUGGCUCCAGAAUCGAGAGCAUUCUCAUGUCUCUCCCCCUCAGUGCCAGGUGGGAGUACAUGCACGAGCCUGCCAAAGGUACCCUGGAGGCCGAGAUGCUGGAGGCGUUACGAAACCCCAAGGAGUGGGUGUGACCGCAUAUCCCAGGUUUAUCCAUCAGGAUGGAUCACACCCCCAGGGAGCUGUCUGUGAUGAUGGUGUGAAAUGUUUGAUCAGCAGCAGUUUACUCUAUGUUUACUAAAAUCAUAUGAACUCGUCCGAUUAUUUUAAAUCUGCUAUGGUACUUUUCCUUUUUUCCUGUUUGCUAUGUUUUGUAAAAUCAGCCUUGGUAAAACUCUAGUCACACUGGGAUUGCAUUAAUAUACUUGUACCUGCUUUUAGGUCAUCUCACAAUGAUGAUGUGCUCCUUUUGAAAGAGGUGUUUGUGUCAAACACUAGCUGUGGUUUCUUUCUAUGUCAAAGCUAAAGUGGGUUUGCUCUACUUGAAUCUCUGCACUCUUUUCUUAAUGCUGUGUGUGUGUGUGUGUGUGUGUGUGUGUGUGUGUGUGUGUGUGUGUGUUACAUCUGUUUUCAUGUGCAUCUGCUUGUAACAAUGGGUUAUUUUUAGUAAUCAAAGCUAAGUAAUAACUUGGAAUGGAAGGAUCCCUCUUGAGCCCUAUUCACAUUGUGAUUGGUUGUUCGCCCGCUGUAAAUGAGUCAUGUUUGUUUGAAGAGCCGUGAAACAAUAGUUGGAUGUUGGAUCCGCAGAGAGGAUAUAUGUGAAUCCCAGGCCAGGUGUCUGAUUUAAGAAAGAAGAAUGUUGGAAAAACAAAAUGCCUUUUUGAAAUACAUAAAAGUAAUUUAAAGAUAAAA